AUGUCAGCUGUGAUAAUUGAACUGGAUAAGCUUUCUUCAGAUGAGAUUGAGAGCAAAAAGGAUUCCAAGUCAGAUUUUAGGGAAGGCAAAUUCAAUGAAUCGUGUGCCGAUUAUCAUGGGUUUCAACUUCACUGCUCACGUUCUGCACCAGCUGGUAUGAAUACAAGCAAGAGUGAGACAGUGAAAGAUCAUCCAUUAAAACCCUCUAGAAGAUCUAUGCCAUGCCUAGCCCAGAGCCAAACACAUCCUCAGAGUCUGAGCAAGCAUUCAUCCUUCCUGCAGCCAAAUCGUGUGCAGCCACAGCCCCAGCCUCAACCUCUAAGUGCAGGGACAUCCACAGCUACAGUGGAUGUAGUGUCAGAACGAGCUAAAGUGAUGGAGACUUUGGAAAACAACUUGCUUAAGCUGUCUAAUACAGAAUACAGUGAUCCAUUUUUAGACAUAGGAAAGGAGAAAGACACAUAUACAGAUGAUUCAGAACAUGGAAAUUAUGAUGCUCGUACAGAUCAGUCAUUGCUCAUUCAAAACAAGCUUACCAGACAGAAAACAGAACCUCGGAAUAAAUCAUCUUUAAAGACUGAUGCCAUGGCAUCGUCGGGACUCUUCUUCAAAGAUGGCAAAAAACGCAUUGAUUACAUCUUGGUCUACAAAAAGUCAAGUCCACAGGUAGAAAAGAGAAGCACGUUUGAGAAGAAUUUGAGAGCAGAAGGGUUGAUGUUAGAACGAGAGCCAGCUGUUACAAACAGUGAUAUCAUGUUUGUUAAAAUCCACUGUCCAUGGGAGACAUUGUGCAAAUAUGCAGAAAGAAUGAACAUCAGGAUGCCUUUCAGGAAAAAAUGUUAUUACACUGACUGGAGGAGCAAAACCAUGGGCAGUUUGCAGAGGAAUAUGAGAGAGUUGAAAAGUUGGUUGCCCAGAAAUCCAAUGAAGCUUGAUAAGGAGGCCCUACCUGAUCUGGAAGAGACAGAUUGCUACACAGCACCCUUUAGCCGUGCACGCAUACACCAUUUUACAAUAAACAACAAAGACAGCUUCUUCAGCAAUUCCACAAGAAGCAGAAUCGUGCAUCACAUGCUACAGAGAACUAAGUAUGAAGAUGGAAAAUCCAAAAUGGGUAUUAAUAGAUUACUAAAUAAUGGAACAUAUGAAGCAGCAUUUCCACCACAUGAGGGAAGCCACAAAAGCAGACAUCCCAUCAAAACACACGGAGCUCAGAAUCACAGACACCUCUUAUAUGAGCGUUGGGCCCGGUGGGGAAUGUGGUACAAAUACCAACCUCUUGAUUUAAUCAGGCGAUAUUUUGGUGAAAAAAUUGGACUGUAUUUUGCCUGGUUGGGAUGGUAUACUGGAAUGCUUAUUCCUGCUGCCCUGGUUGGGCUAUUUGUUUUCCUUUAUGGAUUAUUUACGAUGGAUUCCAGCCAAGUAAGCAAAGAGAUCUGCGAGGCAAAUGAAACCAUUAUGUGCCCUAUGUGUGAACGCAAUUGCACGCUACAAAAACUCAAUGAAAGCUGCAUAUAUGCCAAGUUUCAUAAAUUCCUAAAAUACGUUACACUGGUUUAUAUGGUUACUAACACAGAAAGCAGUGGUAGUUUCUUGGCAAUUUGGGCUACAGUCUUUCUAGAGUUUUGGAAAAGGAGGAGAGCUGUAUUAACGUAUGACUGGGACCUCAUAGACUGGGAAGAUGAAGAGGAAGAGCUGCGCCCCCAGUUUGAAGCUAAAUAUUCCCAAGUGGAAAGAGUAAAUCCCAUCACAGGAAAACCUGAACCUUUUCAGCCUUUCCCUGAUAAGCUCAGUCGACUGAUGGUGUCUGUCUCAGGAAUAUUCUUCAUGAUUUCGCUGGUCCUCACUGCAGUGUUUGCAGUUGUGGUGUAUCGUCUGGUAGCCAUGGAACAGUUUGCUUCUUUCAAGUGGUAUUUCAUCAAGAAGUAUUGGCAGUUUGCAACGUCUGGCACUGGAGUCUGUAUCAAUUUUAUGAUCAUCAUGUCACUCAAUGUUGUAUAUGAAAAGGUUGCUUAUCUCCUGACAGACUUAGAGCACCCUAGAACAGAAUCUGAGUGGGAGAACAGCUUUGCCUUGAAAAUGUUCCUCUUCCAGUUUGUCAAUUUGAACAGCUCCAUCUUUUACAUUGCCUUUUUUCUUGGCAGAUUUGCAGGCCGCCCAGGAAAGUACAACAAGCUUUUUAACAGAUGGAGAUUGGAAGAGUGUCAUCCUAGUGGUUGCUUGAUAGAUCUGUGUUUGCAAAUGGGAGUUAUUAUGGUUUUAAAACAAAUGUGGAACAACUUCAUGGAACUAGGCUAUCCUUUAUUACAGAAUUGGUGGUCACGACGCAAAAUGAAGAGAGGAGGGCAGUUAAUGGAGCAUAAAAUUUCUCUGCCACAGUGGGAAAAAGAUUGGAAUCUGCAGCCGAUGAAUCUCCACGGUCUAAUGGAUGAAUAUUUAGAGAUGGUUUUACAGUUUGGCUUUACCACCAUCUUCGUUGCGGCCUUCCCACUGGCACCUCUCCUGGCAUUGCUUAACAAUAUCAUAGAAAUAAGGUUGGAUGCGUACAAGUUUGUCACUCAGUGGCGAAGACCUAUGCCUGCAAGAGCAACAGAUAUAGGUAUCUGGUAUGGGAUUCUGGAAGGAAUUGGAGUUCUGGCUGUCAUCACCAAUGCCUUUGUUAUUGCCAUCACUUCCGAUUACAUUCCACGUUUUGUCUACGCAUACAAAUAUGGUCCCUGUACAGAUCAAGGUUACAGACAAGAAAAAUGCUUAAAAGGGUAUGUCAACAGCAGCUUAUCAGUGUUUGAUCUGAGUGAGCUUGGGAUGGGAUACUCGGGAUACUGCCGGUACAGAGAUUACAGAGCCCCACCGUGGAGUUCAGCUCCCUACGAAUUCACUUUGCAGUUCUGGCAUGUCCUGGCAGCACGGCUGGCCUUCAUCAUAGUAUUUGAGCACCUUGUUUUUGGAAUCAAGUCUUUCAUUGCCUACCUGAUUCCAGACAUGCCCAAAGACUUGUGCGACAGAAUGAGGAGAGAGAAAUACUUAGUCCAGGAGAUGAUGUACGAGGCUGAACUUGAGCAUUUGCAGAAAGAAAGGAAAAAGAAUGGGAAACAGUAUCACCACGAAUGGCCUUAGUCACUACCAUGAUGCAACAGAUACACUGUUUGGAAAUUGGAGAGCGCAGUUACAAGAUGAAGUCAAGUCUGGCAUCAGUGUGUGAGGUUCACGGUGUAUAUAUACGUUCUUGCUGGGCAGUGCAGUUGCAGGCUUUGGCGGGAACUGGAAAAUAGAUGCUGCCGAUGAAGAAAAUGAAAGCCUUGCCUGUAACUGGUCUGUGGUGAGCACCAUGGAGAAUCGGCACUCAGGAAUGUGCAGACAGCUUAAAAAUUUGGACUCUGGUUUAAAAAAAGGCAAUGAAGUUUUAUGCUGUUCAUGAAGAUACUAACAGCGUAAUGAAAAUAAAAAAUUACCUGUGAACUUACACAGUAAAGGCAUGACUAAAACCAACUUAUAUGAUAUCCACUACUUCUACAGCUUCUGAUUGCUCAGCUCCAUCUGUAAUGCCUCUGAAGAAAUGAGCAAUUGUUGCCCUUGUGGCCAUAACUUGAUAUAAAUGAUCUUUCAGGCUUACUGUUAUGUCAGGUUUGUCCUAGUCUCUUGUUGAGAUUGUGGAUGUGGUCCUACCCUUAAAACGGGGUCUAUGGCUGCUUAAUAUAUACUAUGCAGUUUAAGAUUUGCACAUCAGUGUCGUUAAUUUAUCCUUCUAGUUGAAAACCAAAAAGUCUAAAUUCAAAGAGAAAACAGCAGCACUAAGAGAACACGUCGCAUUGCCCACAUUGCAGCUCUGUUUGAAAAUGACAUGGCUAUUGAGUUGUCUUUCCACCUUGGUGUGCAGAAAGGCCACCUCCACACGCUUCCAAGAUGAAAGAACUGUCAUUUCCGUGCUCUGAUGUAGCAUGCGGAUGUCUCGCUGUGUUACUGUUCCCUUUGACCUGUCUGGGCAAUGAUUCCAUGACUUCACAGAAUGCUAACUUGAAAUAUUCUCAUACGGUGACUUUGUCCUGAAUAUCCAAUUAACUCUUUAUAGUAUGCAAGCUUAUGCAGAUAUAUAUCAGACAUACAGUAUAACGUUGUGACUUGCUUGUUCAGGGAAGGAGAAGCAGAGCACUUUAUAAAAAUGCUCUUCUUAUUGUAAUAGUAAAUGCUCCAGUAACGUGCACUUCUUUUAUUGGCCUAAAUAAGUCAAAGCAUGGGAGUUAGAUGCAGGCAGAUAUGUAUACAGAUUGUAUAUAAAUGCACACACACACACACAGUGGUUAAUUUUAGAUUUUUUUAUUAUUAUUUGUAUGCCUUCUUAACAGUUGGGGGGGGGGCUUUUUGGAUAAAAUCACUAUAAAAGGUAGAUGUUCAUGUAAAGAAUCAGAUUUCAGUUUUAUGUGCAUAAAAGUAUCAGAUUUCAGUUUUAUGUGCAUACAGCAGUGUUGCUUAUGGUUAUAGUCACAUUUUGGUGAUGAAAUCGUCUACUACUAACGUUUCAUAAUGUGGGAAAAGACAAGCACUUAAUUUAAACAAUUUAAAUGAGUUUGCAGGGUUGACUUGCAGGGAAGGGGGUGGAGAAACACAGUUAAAAUGACUAUGUUUCUCUUGUACAAUUUUAAGUAAUGGUUCUCUAUAUUGGAUGAGCAAAAUUUUAAAAAGGACGAGUCAACAAAGCACAGUAACUAUAAAGGCUGCAAAUUUUAACAUUAUUUUUAGGGAUAAAGCUGCAGCAAAAUCACUGCAGACACUUACGAAAAGACGUGAAUUUUUACUACUCACAAUACCCCAUUGAACCAAAAAGGGUGAUUCCCGUAUUCCCUUACAUGUAUUAGCACAAUCAUUUUAUUUUAUUAUGCCAUAUAAAAUUAAGAGUCAAGAGCCCAUCAAAGUGAAUGAGUAUGAUCUAUUGUAUCCAGGGGACCUAACAUCAGACCUUAGGUUUUACUCGUUUCACCAUAUUCAUGAGAUUUCUUGGUUAAUUCCAGCUCUCUGUGACCAGACAAGGCAACUAUAGGAGUAUCUGCAAUAUUGCACAAAGGAGGAAAGAAAUUGGAAGGUAUGGUCUAAUCAGAUAUAUUACCCAUUAGUUCUGUCACAAAGGGCUGGUGGAACUCAGCUUCUCAUAUUUUGGAAAGAGUGUUUUGUUCCUUCAUAUUCUGGGUUGUGUGUUAAGUUCCUCAAGGAGACCUCAUCAGAAAUAACUAGUGCACUCUCCUCAGUGCUUAUAGAAUCACAGCGUUUGGUUUAAUUUAUUGUCUCUCUGUUGAAUUCUGUGGAAUAUCAAGCACCAUUUGACAGCAUCAACCAUGUGUCACAGCUGCUGUUUCUGUGCCACGUAGGGACAGUACUCCAGUUCUCCAGAAGGUCAUAGAUGAGCGCUCUCUUUAAUGCUCGCUCUAAAAACAAAAUACCUUGGCUGGCCCAAGGUGUAAAGAUACAGGAUAAAAUUAGGCAAAAAUCAGAAAUUAUUGAUAGGUUGUUUUAUACUUUCCUGUUUCUGCUGUGGCAAAUUCCAAUUGGAGUUAAAAAAGACAUAGGAAAAAACAUUUUGUAUUCGAGAUUUAAAUAUUUUAUUAAUGAUUUUCAACACUGGUGUAUAAGAGCAUAUCAAAGGUGAGCAUGUAGUUCUGACAUUGUGCAUUUUACGCACGGGAAAAGCACAAGAAGUUUUUUGAGAAACACUCUGUGUGUUCCUUUAUUUUUGGAGGAUAUCAACAACGUCUAAAGGUUUUUGCCACUAUCUAGCCAUUUGCUUAAGCUGAGAAAACUUUUUGCUAGACUUCGUUUAGUAUGUUGUUUGCAUCGACUGCACGUUAUUUUAUUGAAAUAUAAGGCACACGCUGUCCUCAGGAAUAAUGUAUUUUAUGAAUGGUGAAUGAUCUUUUCAUAUUCUAAAUAUUGUCUUUCCAAACAAAUGACCAGUAUGAAUAGACUGCAUGCAAGCUGCGUUUGUGAAAUCUGACAAAGCUUUAGAACUUCAAUUUGUGCAAAGAUGCUUUAGAUCGUUGCAGAUCUAAUCUAUGACAACUUUGCUCUAUGCAUGCGCCCUUAGAGAGACUGCAUGAGCAACUAGAUAUUUUUAAACACAAAGGAUUAGUCCAAAAUGUCUAAUUAUUCCUAACCAAAUUCCGUGUCUCGAUUCAGACAAAAGAACUUUCCAUUUCAGAAACAGUAAAAUGUCCGCAUACAUUAUACACAUCUCAUUUCUAAUGACUUUUCAUUCUAAAUUUGUGCCUAAUGUGUGAGAUCUGAAUUCUGGUGACUAAAAAAAAGGAAAAAAAAGAAUUCUGCUUCAUUAGCCAUCCUAAUGAGAGCUUCCGUCUUACAGCUCAAAGUCUGUCUCCCUGUAGACAGAUGCGUUAAGAGCUGAGCAUUCACAACUGAGCGUAGCUACCAGGGUUGCCUGAAGGUUGAGCACAGGCUCUCGAUUUGUUAUGCUGUAAUUCCGUUUUCCUUAUCAGAAGCACAGCACAGUGAUCGAGCUUCCUGAUAGAGUGCUCAUAUUUGGAAACAAGGCAAACCACGUGAUGGCUAUUUUAAAUUUUAUUUUCCUACCCCGUUCUGUUAAAGGAUUUCUAGAGAAAAUUCAGAUGAACGUUGAAGUUAAUAUUGAUGCUGACAAAGCUAAAAUUUCCAUAGCGAUGAUGGACAAUGGGUGGUUCUUUGUUAGAUGUUUCUUUGAAAGUUCCUAUCUUCAUUACUACAAAACGUACUUCAGCAGUUGCUAUGCCCUUUUCCGACACCAAGUCAUCCUAAAUUGUGUUUUGAGGAUCAGUUAGGCUCAACUGUGUCCUGUUGAAAGCUCACAAGAAAAAUACCUGGAGUGCCUAGUGAAAAUAGGUUAAUAGGUACAUACUUUAACACAGAAAUUCAUAAAUCUCCUGAGGUUUCCGUCGUGAAAUUUUGCAGGAGGAAAAAAUAGCUUGGGAAACACAGCUUUAGGGUGAGUGUUAAUAUGGGGAAAGGCAAAAACUUUGGUGAUAUUUUAUUCUUAAUGUGCCAUUAAGAUGAUCAGUCAAAUAUAAGUAGUGUCUGUCUGCUGUUUCCUCGCUGUGGCUUCUUCCACUGCAGACUCCAAGGGGAGCGCUGCCAGAGAGAAUUUCUGGAGCCAUGGGAUCGAGUGGCAUUAUCUGCCAAGUCCUACAUGGUAUCUUGGGAUUUAUUAAUCUUUUGUAUUAUGUCACAGUUCAUUCAGGGACAAAUUAGUACAUACAUAUUUAGAAGCAUCAUAUAAUUUUGAUUAACUGAAAACCAUCCCUGUCCAUAAAUUGAAAAGAAACAGUUCGUACAUAGUUAAUUUGCAAGUGCCACAAAUUUUCAUUAAAACUGUUAUAAACGAGAUUUUUCACAUACACUGGGCAAUGGCCAUAUCAAUAAAACUCAUUUUUAUACAAACAGCUAAAUAUGAAGGCAAUAAAGUUAAUGGAAAAUCAGUCACAUUUUCUAUUAACUGUUACAUAGGAGAAAAGGGACACAGAUAAAAAUAGUGGUAUCAGCAAUCACUUACAAUGCAGUAGUACUUCCAGAAGCGUUUUAUUUUUUGUAAUCCUUAUAAACUACUGAUGUUGCUUGUUUGGGGGUAAAGGUCGAAACAAAUAAUACAGCCAGCUUUUCAUAAUAAUGUUUACUUGGUGGUAAGGCUGACACUAGAAUUCAAACAGAAUACCACGUUUAGACAGACUUCUUAUUUUGUUAGUUCCAACGCAUACUUGGUCUGACCACAACGCAUGCAGUGACACUUUUUGAAAGUGUUUGAGUGAAUUGCAAGCCUGAAAUCCUGUGGUGGAAAAUUUAGCAGCUUGAGGAAAGAUCCCCAAGUCUUUUCAUACUCAUACUCGCAAAGCCCAUGUUCUGCUGGGGUAAAAUGCAGCAAGCCAGCAUGUGAAGGCUGAGGGUGAGCAGAGGAGGCAAAGGCCUCCUCCCCUUUAGCAAGUUUUUCUCCAGAACUCCAACCAGUUCUGCAAAACAAAGGUUUGAGGAUAGAGCAUGGUGAAAGCCCUCCCGAUCCUUUUUCUCCUCUGCCUCAUUCUUUACUUUUCCUUGGUGUUUUAUGAAACGAUGCCUUCUUGCUGAGAGUCCAAUUUCCAGGGCAACUCUGUAACGGCAGAAUGUUUUACAGGCUCUUUUUGGAUGUCCCUAACUGAGAAGCCAAAGCAGAAAGUGCACAAAUGCUCCUUUGUCUGGUGCUUUUUACAAGUUGGUAUGCGUUGGACGGAGCAGUGUGAGGAAGCACGGGGUGCAUCUACGUGUGCCGUUAGGCCACCCGUUUCUGGAUCCGUCCUUUCAGGCGCUUUUCCAAGCACUACAUUUUGCACUCCUUCUGUCCCUCUCGACACAACACGCAUCCCGAAUACCCUACACGAUCCUAGCAUUUUGAAAUUUAUAUAAUAGACUCGCAUUGACAAUUUUUCUCUCAUAUUGACAUUGCUACCACAUUUACCAGGAAUUUAUAUUGGCGUGAUUUUGGCAUAACCGUGAUAGCACAAUGUUACCGCAACAGCACAAAGUUCUAACGGCACAACAAGGAACUGUAGAGGAAUCAUUUUGUUAUUUCAUGUUAUAACAGGAGCUUUUUAAAUCCAGGACUGGGAUUUAGUCUUGAAAUGUUAAACGAUGUAUUCCCUCCUCACUGCACUGGAAAUUACCUUGUGUUAGUUCUGUUGGAUCAUUCUAACUUUUUGCCAUCGCCUCUAUAAUGCUAUAUGUUCUCUGUAGUUCGCAUUCUUAUUGCCGUGAGCUAGUUAUUAGGAUGCUACAUGGUGAGAAAUUAGGAUUAAACCCAAUGCAGUCUAAAGCCAAUGAGAUUCUAAACACUGAGAACGCGAUGAUUUUUCUGUUAGUAAGGAAAAAAAAUUCAGACCGCCUUUUUAUUUUGUGUUCUAUUUAGAUGACUCAGAGUUUUGUAUCGAAAAAUCUUCCAAACUGUUGGCUCUAAUUUUUACCUAGAGUAGUAUCACUGAAACUUCAGUGCUUUGAAUUAAUCUCAUGUAAAAUCUAACCGAAUAACGUAGUUCAGUCAUUUUUUUACUCUGAUAGUCCAGGCUAACUUGCAAUAUCAUGAUCAUAAGAUGUUUCUUAAAAUGUGUAUAUAUUUGAAAUUUAUGUAAUAUUUAAAUACAACUUGGUUUCUAAGUAAGGAAUAGGAAUAAAAUUUCAACUAUUUUUUCUAUUCAUAAAUCCACACUUUGUAAGUAAUAUUUAAAAUAAGAUUACAGUACCACAGAGCGUUUCAGAGAAAUUGACUUUUAUGCACUACAAGCUAGAAGUUCCUCUGGCAUGUCAGUUUUCAGUUUCUUUUGUGUUUUAAGAUUACUUUUUCAAGCCGAUACAUACCCCAGAACUAAAAGAAUUCACUGAGGAAAAAGCUGUUGAUCUGAUUAACUAUUGUAAGACACUUUUGGCAUAAAUUUGUCUUUGAGAUGCUGUUUACUUUAUCGAGGUUUACAUGUACAAAUGCAACUACUUACUGUAUCAUACACAUUUGAAUAUUGCAUUUUUUCAGUAAUAAA